AGCUCUUUGAAACCAGCCAAAAAAUAAUCCCAGAAAAAUAUCCGCGACAUGGCGGAGGUGGAGCGGCGGCGGCGGCCCAUCAUCGCCGGGCGGGAACGGGGGCCCGGGCCGGGGCGUUAUGCUCUUCCGCCCACUAUCGGUUACAUAAACCAUGACUACACCAAACCCAGCAGCCCGGCCUAUUCCUUCCACAGCCGCAUGAGCAGCAACAUGGUGUCUGUGGAUUCCAGUCCUGGGCCGCGGUAUCGCGUGGAUGCCAAAAUGACGCGCUUUGGCAGAGACGGGACCCCGUCGUACUCCAUGCUGGGUAGAAGGAAGAGAACAGCUAGUACCUUCCAGACUCCAGGACCAGGAGCCUACAGUCCUGAGAAAGCUCCACCUUUAAACCUCCACCACAGACCUCCAUCUUACACCAUGUCCUCCCGCACGCGCUACCGCAGUGUGGAUCCUGUACCAGCACCUAACCGCUACACCUUACCCAAUCUCUUCGGUACCACAGUGUCCUGCAAACCCUCCAGCCCCUGCUUCACCAUGUCUGCUCGCAUGAAAGCAGGCGGCCCGUCUGAAGAUCUGUCCAUGACCCCGGGGCCAGGCCGGUACAACAGCACAGACCCCAGCGUUUACUUGAACAGACAGCCUUCCUUCUCCAUGCAGAGCCGUCAUAAUAUUCUCAUCGACAGCACCGGGAAGCCUGGUCCGGGUACGUACAGCUCUGAAAAGGUGACGGCGCACCUGCCCCGAGCACCAUCUGUUUCUCUGGGGGUCCGUCACUCCGAGUUUGUAACGCCACUGAUUGUUGAUGUAUUAGAUUAAAUUGAGACGACAUGGGUGUAUUAGAUGCGUGUUAGAUCACAGAGUGUUUACAAGAAUUUUAAGGGGAAAAUAAAGAGAAGUGUGAGGAACUACUGA